ACCUUCUCGGUCAGAAGACAUCAUUUCAACUCUAACACAGCAUGAUCGAAACGUAUAGCCAACCUUCUCCUCGCUCUGUGGCCACUGGACAACCCGUCAGUAUGAAAAUUUUUAUGUAUUUACUUACUGUUUUUCUUAUCACCCAGAUGAUUGGGUCAGCGCUUUUUGCUGUAUAUCUUCACAGAAGAUUGGACAAGAUAGAAGAUGAAAGGAAUCUUCAUGAAGAUUUUGUGUUCAUGAAAACGAUACAGAGAUGCAACAAAGGAGAGGGGUCCUUAUCCUUACUGAAUUGUGAGGAAAUUAAAAGCCGGUUUGAAGACCUGGUCAAGGGUAUAAUGCAAAGCAAAGAAGUGAAGAAGAAAGAAAAAAACUUUGAAAUGCACAAAGGUGAUCAGGAUCCUCAAAUCGCAGCACAUGUCAUCAGUGAGGCCAGUAGUAAAACAGCAUCUGUUCUCCAGUGGGCCCCCAAAGGAUACUACACCCUAAGCACCAACUUGGUAACCCUCGAAAACGGAAAACAGCUGGCCGUGAAAAGACAAGGACUCUAUUACAUCUAUGCCCAAGUCACCUUCUGUUCCAAUCGGCAAGCUUUGAGUCAAGCUCCAUUUAUAGCCAGCCUCUGCCUGAAGUCCCCAAGUGGAUCGGAGAGAAUCUUACUUAGAGCCGCAAAUACCCACAGUUCCUCCAAACCGUGCGGGCAGCAAUCCAUUCACUUGGGAGGAGUCUUUGAAUUGCAACCGGGUGCUUCGGUGUUUGUCAACGUGACUGAUCCAAGCCAAGUGAGCCACGGAACGGGCUUCACGUCGUUUGGCUUACUCAAACUCUGAACGGUGUAAGCUGGCAGGCUGCGGCUGGGCUGAUGGCGGUCUUCACAAUCCAGCAAAGCAGUUAAGACCACCCCCCACCCUCCCCCGUUGAACUGCCUAUUUAUAACCCUAGGAUCCUCCUCAUGGAGAACUAUUUAUUAUACAUCCCGAGGCAUG